UUAGGUUUCCUCUGCUUCUAAUGCAAUGGAGGAGGCGAGCUUCGAAUCCCUCCCCGCAGAGGCCGUCCUCUCCAUCUUCGCCGAUCUCAAGGACGCGCGCAGCAUCGCAACCCUAGCGCCCGUGUGCCGCCGCUGGCAAUCCCUCUCCAGGUACGUCGAUUCCCUCCACUUCAUGCUCGCCCAGCAAUCCGACGCCAAUGCCGUGGCUCCCAUGCUCCGCCGCGCCCACUCCAUCAAGAAUCUCGCCAUAGAAAUCCACCAGGGCUGCGACAUUCCGGAAGAACUCCUCUCAAGCUGGAUAGAAAUAGUUAAAGACUCCAUACAGGACUUGGAGCUCUGGUAUGUGAGCACAAAGGAGCUUAAUCUCUGGAACCUGGUGAAGAACUGCUCAAAACUCUCGGCCCUGCGAGUCCAUGGAUCGAUAGCGUUCCUCCUCCCGAUGCUAAACUUCGAUCUCACCACCCUCCGUGAAUGCGUUCUCGACGAUUCCAGCUUCAAGCACCCGGCCGUGGUCUCGGUUCUAAAUCACUGCCCGGCUCUCGACAAGCUGGUCGUCAAGAACUUCCAGACCGCCAAAGUGAGGCUCACGAACAGCAACGUUAACAGCGUCCAUUUGGCAGUGGAUCGUCGUGAGGGUCCCGAGACUGGGCCGCCGUUCAUCAUGCUGGAAACCAUGAACCUCAAGUGCCUCACGCUGGACGGGAUCAGCUGUGUUCUUGUCGCUCCAGAGCUCCGGGAGUUACACUUGCCGUCGCGCUGCAAGGACUUGAUCGUGGUUUCGCUCGACAAUGUUGAGAUCCUGACAAUGGGAGGAAGUGAGUGGGAGUUUAAGGAGAUUCACAGCAUUGUGGAGCUCGUACCCAACAUCUCCGAGGUGAAGAUCGAUGUCUCGGUGUCGGACCCGGAGCCUGUUGCUUGGAAAACGUUCUUUAACGGCCUCUCGCGGCUGGACACCAUCACUUUCGGCGGCAACAUGCUCGAGUGUUUCUGUAAGGAGAUUGAUGGCGAUGUCUUGGCCAAACUUAAGCUUGUCAAGGCCACGGUUUUUCUCGAAGAGAACGGAUGCUUUGAGCUGCUGGAAGCUCUGCUCGUCCACUGCCCCGGGCUCAAGGUCCUGACUGUGAAUUGCUCGCGUCUCCUCCAGGACAGUGAGGAGUGGAAUCUGAUGGAGCUGUUCGAGGCCCGGCAUCCCCAGAUGUACAAUGACUUGAAGCGGCUGCAAGCGAGUUCCUCUCGUCUAGUAAUCACUUUGCAGUAGCGAGUGGAACCAGGACUGGCUUGUUUUUGAAAGAAUUUAUGCUCCGCUGACGCUUCCGCCAGUGAACGAGGACUGAGAAUCUGUAGGCCCGACGUAGUUGCUUGACGCGACCAUGUUGAUCUGGUGAAGAUACCCGGGUCAGGAGUAGAGAAAGAAAGAAGGUAUCUUCACCUUGACAAUCUCUGAUCGCUGGUGAGGGUGAUUGUAAGCCGCAAGGACACACAUGUGAAAAUCCUGUUUGAGGCAAUCUUAGCUACUUGAAUCUAAAGAGUAGACGUAAGAACUUGACUUACUC